CCCGGAAGUGAGUCAAGAGUCGGCGAGAGAGAGCGGACUAGAGCGGCGCGGCCUGGCGGGGAGGGGGCGACCGGGCCAUGGAGGACGAGCCGAGCUUCUCGGAUAUUUGCGGCGGCCGCCUGGCCCUGCAGCGCCGCGACUACUCCCCGUCCUGCCGGGAGUUCUGCCUCAGCUGCCCUCGGCUGUCGUUGCGUUCGCUCACCGCUGUCACCUGCACGGUGUGGCUAGCGGCCUACGGACUCUUCACUCUCUGCGAGAACAGCAUGAUCCUCUCUGCUGCCAUCUUCAUCACCCUCUUAGGCCUGCUUGGUUACCUCCAUUUUGUCAAGAUUGAUCAGGAGACUCUGUUAAUCAUUGACUCUCUUGGCAUCCAGAUGACUUCAUCCUAUGCCUCGGGCAAAGAAUGCACUACCUUCAUAGAGAUGGGCAAGGUGAAGGAUGUGGUCAUCAAUGAGGCUGUUUACAUGCAGAAGGUGAUUUACUACCUCUGCAUUUUAUUGAAGGAUCCAGUGGAACCAAAUGGGAUAUCCCAAGUAGUACCUGUCUUCCAGCCACUUAGGUGCUGUGUGGCCUGAACUUCUGCCUCUCUGAGCUCACACCUGAGCCAUUUAGACCCCCUGCUGUGGGGAGAGAUUGAGGUUGCACGUGGAUGCAGCACUGCUAAGCUCUCUCUUACGUUCGUCUUGACUCUGCAUUUCUUCCCUUUGGAAUUCAGAGUGCCAAGCCCCGUCUGGACUGCUUGAUUGAAGUGUACAGGAGCUGCCAGGAGAUCCUGGCACACCAGAAAACCACAUCACCAAGUCCAUGAGUCCCGGCAUUUCAGAAGGCCCAUAUUGUCUUCCAUGGGAGACGACUCCUAAGCCGUAGUGGCUGGCUUGUUUUCUGUGUUCUAAACCAUCAGGUGGACACGGCCCUAGGAACCAGUAUGGAUGCAGUGGAUCUCAGAGCCUUAGAGCAGGUGACUGGACACCUAACUCACUGUGUGAUGUUGAGCAAAGUAUUUAUGUCUAUUUUGUAAGGUUCUGCCUACUUUAUCAAUUGAGGGAAGACCUUAAGAAGCGAAAUGUCAAAAGUAACGUUGACAAAGAGCGCUUUGUGAAAUUCCUAAGCACAUUCAGGUUUACGUUUUGUAGAGAUUUGUGGCGCAAGACCAUGGGAAGCUGAUAUCAGGUCUUUUAAGAAACAUAGUUUCCAAUUACACAGCACGCCUGUAAUAAAAGUCAAGCCCUUCAGGUACUGGUGAGUAGGAAGAAAUGUCCUACAAAAGCUAGCCUCCGUCCACCUAGCUCCUGUAUUCUGUACAGGGUUAACUUAUAAUGACUGUCUUAAUAAACCAAUCUCCUUCCAAAACAUACACAGUAAUUGCCUGGUUCACAGACAGCUGCUUUUUAUUGACAACAUGAACAUGGCAUUUCAGUCAUGGAUGUCAAGCACAUUAAUACUCUGUUACUCAGCAUUGUCUAUGGUUUCAAAAACGUCUUUUGCCAAGAAGGGUGACACCAAAGGCCAGACAGAAAUUUGACUUUGGCUUCCAGACAUGUUAAAGAAGGAUAAACACACCAACUGUAGAAGCCUUUGAUUAUACAGCAGUUUCUUCUGUGUAAAAUUAAUAAACUAUGGGAAGAUUCCUGAAGGUGCUGGGAAGGAGACAGGGUGGGGGAAAUAGCUUGACCCCCAAGUUCAGUGUGAACACAGCUCCAUUCUUGCUUGCUUUUUCCUUGGGAUCCUAAUUUUUUUUUUUUUUUUUAACUCCAGGCAGAUAAUAUUGUCCUUCUGGGCCUUAGAGACAGGGUAUUACAAACUAGAGGUGUAAUUCCUGCCUCUUACACCAGCCCAGGAGGGGUUAUUCGGAGCCUGUGGUACAUGUGAUGUUUGACUUGUUCGAGGUAGAAAUGUCUCAGCUAGUUCCCAAAUCCUGGGGGAAAGGCAGCAACAGAAAUGGGAGAUGGCUGUAAAAUUUCCAGCCUUGCAAAGUCAAGUUCAUUUAAAAGAGGCAGACACUCUCAUGUGCUGCUGCUGCUGCUUUUUUUUUUUUUUUUAAUCAUGCUUGUCAGUUUAAAGGAUGAGAGAGGGGAAGCCUACACCAGGUGAGUUGUUCAGAUAAACUAGUUCCAGCCUUGACGUUUUUACAAUGUGGAACACACACACACACUUUGUUGAAGUCAAAGGCUUGGUUCUUAGAUGCUACUGCUAAACCCAUACAGUUUUCAGCACUUUAUUGACAAAUGCUCAGACUGCCUUAGAGCUAUGAAAUAAAACUGAGUUUCUCCAAUGCUGGAAAA